AUGCCUGGGCUCAUUUCUUUUAUUCUUAUUGCAUUGAAACUCUGUUUUUGCAAUUUCAACACUACACACUUACAUGACACAUGUGUAAGCCUAAAUGGUCGAGAUUCCAAGUUGAACAGGCACAUUUGCGAAGAAAUUGGUAUGUCUCCUUGCCCUUCCAAUUCAGGUGUCUGCAAUCUGAACCCUAAGGUUAUUGAGGACGCUUCUGAUAGAGAAAAGUGCCUAAAAACACUCUUUGGGUUCUUUUCAACUGUAGCAUGUGAUGAUUCUAAGCCUAAGGAAUACAUAUACUCGGGCAAGGAUGGAAUUACUACUAUAUAUGUUUCAAAGGACAUAUCUAAGCUUUUGUGGAAGUCUUGUUCCAAAAGGGCUGAACUGUCAAUAUCAGAUAUGAUAGAAGAGGAUGAGUCAAAAAGAUUUUGUAAGAUUUUGACAUUGGCUAAAAGCAAAGUCAAAAUUCGGCAGUCUAUCAACCUUCCUGGAUUAAAUAAAAUACCAAUCAUGAGAUCAGAAGAUGUUGCAGAAAUUGAUUGGCUCCUGGGUGGUCACGUCAAUUGGAAUUUAAUCAAAUUAAAAAUAUCUGGUACCCAAGAUUACAUUCAAUUAAACCAAUUAGGAGUACUUGUGCUCAUAACAAUUGUAUUCUUAACUCUCUCCACCAUCUAUGUUAGGCAGGGUUCGUUUUUUCAAUUAUAUAGGCGUUUAGGGGACAAAAAGAGGAGAUUGAAGGAGUCAAUUACCUACUUUGAAGAAUCCGAUGAUAAUUUGGUGGAACUGGAUUUAAACUUUUAA